AUGAGCCGGGCAUUGUUCAGAAACGUCUUCGCGGACACCUUCUGGCUCAUACGGCGUAACGCGGCGGCGGAACUUACUUCCGACGUUAGGCGAUUGCAAUCGAGGCCUUAUAUCCGCUCGAAUCAGCUUCUCGUGAGAGCAAAGGAAACAGGAAUCUCACCUUCUUUGGGUUUCUGUUCAUCAUCUUCUCCUUCCUCGUCGUUUGCGUCGGUGGGUUUUGUCGGAUGGUAUCUCGGUAUGGUGAAAUCACGCCCCGUUUUCACGAAAAGUGUCACUUGCUCUCUUAUUUACAUCGCCGCCGAUUUGUCCUCUCAGACGAUUUCGAAAAGUUCUUCGGAGUCUUAUGAUUUGGUGAGGACAGCAAGGAUGGCAGGAUAUGGUUUACUUAUCUUGGGUCCAACACUUCACUAUUGGUUCAAUUUCAUGUCAAGACUCUUCCCCAAACAAGAUUUGAUCACAACGUUUAAGAAAAUGGCCAUGGGACAAACGAUCUAUGGGCCUACCAUGACCGUGAUCUUCUUCUCGUUGAAUGCAUCCUUACAGGGCGAAAGCGGUUCAGAGAUCCUCGCCAGAUUGAAAAGAGAUGUAAUCCCUGCGAUGUUUAACGGUGUCAUGUACUGGCCUUUAUGUGAUUUCAUAACAUUCAGAUUCUUCCCCGUUCAUUUACAGCCUCUUGUAAGCAACUCGUUUUCGUAUGUAUGGACAAUCUACAUGACUUACAUGGCAAACCGUAAAAAACCAGACGCCAUUUCAAGCUGA